UUGUCCUAUGUGACAAUAAGAAUUGUAGAAAGCUCAGGUAAAAUUCAGCCAUGUUAAGCACAAAUUCCUCCAAAGUCCAAAACAACUUGUAGCAGUUGAAGUAAGAGAUACGUAAGAGACGGCAGCACACAGCAGCACAGAACCCUUGUGGCAGUUGAAUGAUUUUUCCACAAUGACAAGGCCUUUUUGUCUUUAGCUGUUUUGGCCUCAAUUGUUUGCUUAAAAGAAAAGCUUCUUCUGAUAUUCUUGAAAUUGUGAGAAGUUUCGAUUCUCUUCUGAUUUUGAGAAUUUCUUUAACGAUCCCAUCUGGGUUUUGUUUGGAUUCCUUGACAGAUUCACCAAAAGCAGAAUAAAAAAAGGAGCGAGAAGAAUGGCAGACUGAAGAAAGCAGCAAGCUUGGAUCAGAGGAAGGAAACUGUUCUAGUUACGAGGGGUUGGCAGUUUUGCGCUCAAAGAGGUUGGAAGAACUUGAGGAUAUGGUGAAUCAGAAAUUCAACAGUAUAAGAAACCUUCAGGAGCAACGGUUCGAGGAGAUGAAUCAAAGAAUUCUUGCUAUUGGUCAAAGAAUAGAUAAACAUGAAGUGGUUGUGGAGAAGCUUUUGGUUAGUAGUAGGAGUAAUCUUGAGAAGACAAUACAGGAGACCAAACAAAGAUGCAUGAAGUUAAAAUUCAACAGCAAUAUCUCUGUUCCUAUUCGAACUGGUGAGCAAAUCAAAGGAGAAGGAGGUAGCAAUUUGCAACUGUCUCUGAUUGAUAAUUGUACAGGAGCAGUUGUUGACUUUGGACGAGAAGCCUCUGCUAAAGUGGAAAUAGUUGCUCUCAAGGAAGGUCUGGAUGAUGAUGAAGGAGAUGCUUGGACAGCUGAACAGUUUCAAAGUAAAAUUGCUCGAGACAGGGAAGGAAAACAAUAUGUUCUUGCAGGAAAUUUGCAACCGAAAUUGAAUAAAGGAACUGUGUCUUUGUCUGAUGUUAUGUUUAGAAGUUCUCAACGCCAUAAUGGUGGCAUCUUCAAGCUAGGGGCUUGGGUUGUUGAUACUUUUGAUGGCAGUCAAGUAAUCGAAGCGAAGACAAAAUCUUUCAAAGUCCUUGACUAUCGUGGAAAAUAUACCCAGAAGCAUUACCCCCCAUCUGCAUCUGAUGAGGUUUGGCGGUUAGAGAACAUUGCGAAAAAUGGUGCUACCCAUGAACGUCUGAAGGGGGCAAAUGUGAACUAUGUGAAGGAUUUCCAGACUAGACUCUCAGAAGACCCGGAAGAGCUCAAAUGUCUAGUAGGUCUGCGUCCAACGCAGUGGGAGGCCACGGUGAGACACGCUCAAACAUGCAAACCUGAUAAUAUGGUUGGACAGGUUCCAGCCCCUGCACCAGGUGAUGCUUGCAAUAUGUUAGUAGCAUCUGCACAUGAAGACAAAGGAAUCCCUUUUGAUGGUAAUAUCAUGCCAGCUUUGGAGUCAAUAACCUUGCGAAGAAAGCAAAAAUUGAUCGAGCCAGCUUUUGAGCCAAUGAUCCGUAAAAUUGUGAAAGAGGAAGUUGACUUGGCAAUGAAAAAGUACUUGAUCAGUAUAAGAAGGACUUGUGGGAAAGAGAUAUGCCCUUCUGAAUCAGGAAGUUUACAGUUACAGUUUCUAAGUGGCAUUUCUCUUCCAGUUUUUACUGGAACACGUAUAGAAGGCAGGGAUUUUAACAAUCUACAAGUUGCCUUAGUUGAUCCUUUUACUGGGCAAGUUGUUUCCAUUGGUCCUCAAUCUGCUGCAAAAGUUGAAAUAGUAGUUCUUGAGGGAGAUUUUGAUGGUGAUGAAAGCGAUAAUUGGACCUUUGAAGAGUUCAAGAAUAAUAUUGUCAGAGAAAGGGAAGGCAAGAAACCCCUUCUCACUGGGGAUGCUUUUUUGACUCUUGAACAGGGCAUUGGUGUGGUCAGUGACAUUUCUAUCACAGACAACUCAAGCUGGACAAGAAGCCGCAAAUUCAGGCUGGGGGCAAGAGUUGUGGACAAUUCUGAUGGUAACAGAGUGAAAGAGGCCAAAACAGACUCCUUCAUUGUCAGGGAUCAUCGUGGAGAAUUGUACAAGAAGCAUCACCCUCCUUCUCUGGCAGAUGAAGUAUGGCGCCUAGAAAAGAUAGGAAAAGAUGGAGCUUUUCACAGAUGUCUGAGAAAAGAAAGAAUCAAAACUGUGAAGGAUUUCCUUACCCUCUAUUUUGUUGAUCCUGCAAGGCUUCGAAAUGUAAGAAUUUAUUGGAUUUCCUUACCCUAUAUAUUGUUGAUCCCACAAGACUUUGAAAAAUCAGUGAUGUUUCAUAUAGGAUUGUUCUCAAAUUUUUGCCCUACUUUUCCAAGGGCCAUUAAAAAGUCCAUUCUCUGA